GCAGUGACGUCACUGCCGGAAAUGACCCGGAUCGGACCUAAAACUCCUGGGUUGAUUAGUUUUCACCAGAAACACCGAGAGCUCUUCAAAUACCAUGUAAUAUAGAUUUGAACAUGUGUGUACAAAUGCCUAUGAAGGGUACCCCACCUUGGAUGUGAGGUCUUCUUGUUAAUCCAUCCCACGGACCCAAAGUGAAGGACUUCAGUACGUCCCUCUGAUUUUCUGGUCUGGUGACGUUUUUUUACCAGCGGCAGGAUGACGUGUCGUGACCGGACCCUCGAGUUCCAGUCAGCCUGUAAAUCUCUCCAGGGCAGGCCGAAUGGAGUCCCGCCCAGUAAGCCGGCUCUUAACGCCCUCAGGCAGCGCAGUGACUUUACAGUUAUGGCCAAGAGAAUUGGAAAAGACCUGAGCAAUACAUUUGCCAAACUGGAAAAGCUCACUAUUUUGGCAAAAAGAAAAUCUCUAUUUGACGACAAGGCAGUGGAGAUUGAGGAGCUAACUUAUAUCAUUAAACAGGACAUCAACAGUCUAAACAAACAAAUUGCACAGUUGCAGGAUUUGGUUCGGUCUCGUGGAGCUCCAGGUGGACGGCAUAUCCAAACCCAUUCUAACACUAUAGUAGUGUCUUUGCAGUCCAAACUGGCUUCAAUGUCCAACGACUUCAAAUCGGUCCUAGAAGUCAGAACAGAGAACCUGAAGCAGCAGCGAAGCAAGAGAGAGCAGUUUUCCCAGCCUCCUGCCCAGUCUUCUCAACUGAUGGCCAACAACUUCAGGAGCCGCAAAAAAGGGGCCCAGGAGCCGCAUGCAGCUCGCGAGCAGCGCUAUGACUACCAGGGCAAUACAACCUCAAAUUUAAAAGAGAGCUCCGUCCUGAUGCAGGAUGAAUACAGGAGUAUGGGGGACGUAGCCAUCAAUGUGGAAUCUCAGACCAAUCCGAUGCAACUCCAGCUUAUUGAUGAGCAGGAUUCCUAUAUCCAGAGCCGGGCAGACACCAUGCAGAAUAUUGAGAGCACCAUCGUUGAACUGGGCUCUAUAUUCCAGCAGCUGGCACACAUGGUCAAGGAGCAAGAGGAGACCAUCCAGAGGAUUGAUGCUAACGUGGAGGACACCCAGCUCAACGUGGAAGCUGCCCACACAGAGAUCCUCAAAUACUUUCAGUCAGUCUCCUCCAACCGCUGGUUGAUGAUCAAGAUCUUUCUCGUCCUGAUCAUCUUCUUCAUCGUCUUUGUUGUCUUCUUCGCUUAAAGCAAAAGAGAGUGACUUAAAGGAGGGGAGAGAGCACAUUGAGUGAGCGGAGUUUAAGCUGAAGCUGGACCAGACAACAUAUUUGAAGGAGACUCCUCUGUCAAAGCGACAGUUUGAUGGGGACUAUUUGAGUAAUUGAGACUCUUCGGUUGAUCCUAAGCCACAGACUGUUAAUCUAAACUCGACUCUUCAGUGAAGAAUGAAGAUGUCGAACUCAGUUCAAAUGAAAGAGUAAAUUAUCUGAAGUCCCCACUUUGUAUAGAGAGAGCGAAAACCUGCUCUGUAUUGUACUUUGACCAAUUAUUCAUAAACAUUUAAUCCAAAUGGCUAUAAUUUAAUGGUUUGAUUCUGCAAACUGUCUUUUUAAUUUAGAUUUUCCUUUUUCUGUUCAACCCAUUUACCACAAGUCAUGCAUUAUUAUACAUAUUGUUAUUAUUUCAAGGCCAAACAUCUGAGCUGGAAUAUCUUCUCCUUUUGCUUCUUUGCUUUUUAUUGAAGAGCAUGACUGCGUCACGUGUUCAUCAACACUUCUUCACACCCCACCAUUUAGUCAUAAUGUGAAGUCUUUUUGUAUUCAGAUAUAUAUUUUUUUUUCUUCAAAAGUUUAUUUGCCAAAUGGGUACCUUUUUAAAGAACUGUGACUCAAAGAGAAAACACUGAUUGUGGUCCAGCAUUACAGGAAGGCUGUUUCUGCCAGCUGAUGAGAGAACAGUGCAGAAAUAAUUCAGGCAUGAUCUGUAAAAACUGUUGAUAAUAAUUUAUAUAACAACACUGUUUUAAAUCAAACUGUUGGGUUGUCAGCUGUUUGGGCCAGUUGAAUGGGUAAGGCAAGUGUAAACACUGAGUUUGGUGGAAAGAACUCAGCAUUCGAGUCAAGUAUCUGAACAGGCUCCAGGUUGACAUCGGUGCUAAUGAAGGGGUUAGGCUGGUUGGGAAUUCUCACUUAUAAAGUGACUCAAAUCAGCCAGAUUCCCUGGAAGUGUCUGGUUUUUGUUUUUGUUGUAGCUGCUUAACCCCCUCUUCAUCUAUCCACUUUACCAGAUGUUAUUUUAAUGACCACAGAUUUUUGAGAAGAAAGACAACAUUUUCCCUAUUUGUUCCGUGUCUGUUUUUCUUUCAGCCAAAUGCCUUGACUUUAAUGUAUAAAGUGCAAAUAGUGAUAAUGAUGUAUUGAUAAGAAAGUGCAUAAUAAAAUAACAAUGGGGUACUGACAUUCAA